CCGCGAAACUGCGCGUGGAGUGCAAGAUUUUGUUAUAUAUUAUAAUAAAUUAGGUUUUUAAGUAGAAACAAAUAAAAUGCCUGCGGUGGAAAAGUGCACAAUCAAUGACUGGAAACGCCUCUGGCAAAUGGUCUCUGGCAUUCAUUUUGAGACGCCGGAGAACACAGUGAGUGAAGAACUGUUGAAUGUGAAGUCUGAGCUAUUGGCCGGACUGCUGCAUUUUAAGCCAAAGAGCGCCUCAAAUGUGCAGCUGUCCACGUUGCUCAAGGAGAAAAAGCAGGAAAAGUUACUGCCCUUCACAGAGCGCCUACAGGAUUUACUGAAUCUAGAAUCGGCUCAAUGCUGGGAAAUACUUUGCUACUAUCUAACGAAUGAAUAUCGUGGAUCUGCGAGCCUGCUGACACAGCUUAUCUCAACAGAGACAAAUAUGAUUAAGCUAUUGGAGGAUAUAAGGCACUAUUACUCUUUGGAGCGCAUGAUUGUGCUGAAGAUCGUAAAGAAUUUGCUCCUCUUUUACAAUGUCCGAAAUCAUCCGUACCACAACGAGUAUCGUAUGGUGGUUGACAAAUUAACGCUGCCGGGCUUGCGCGAUUCCUAUUUGAAUCAGGUGGAGAGCUUGAUUAACGAGAUACCGCCUGGUAAACUUCUAGCUGCUGAUUGUUUUCACCCCAGGGAAAGACUUACUGCUUGGUCGGAGCGAAAUGCGCGCGAAACAACCGAGGUGGUGCAUAUUUUGCUGCUCCUGAGCGAGCAUUUGCCCAUGGGCCUGGAGCAGAUUAGGCGACUCUUCGCAGCCUUUAAACAGCACUCCUUUGGACGCAUACAUAACUACUUGGACGAUGCUAAUCCAUACCACAAGGAACUAAAAAAUAAUCUGUGUUACUCUGAGUCUGCGCUGCUUCUAAAAUGUCUUGACUUUGAAAAUCCUGAGAAGGAUGCCCAACUCAUUGAGCAGGUAGUUGAUGAACUACGGGUUCAAUUAUCGGGCCUGCAUCAUCGCUUAGAGCAUGGGCCCCUUCUCCUUGUAUGGAUGCUCCUACGCUUACGCGGCACCAAUGAUGCCGAGGAUGCAUCCAGUUUGCUGCACUGUCGACAUCUGGGCCAGCGCGCUGUCGCACUUAAAUGUUUCAGCCAGCUACAGGAUAUUGUUAAUCACAUCAUGUUCGCUGAUGACAGUUUGCUUUCGCGGAUUGUACGUAAGACCAUUUACAAUCAGCUCUGCUACUUUUGUGAUCUCUUCGAUAGCGAUGGCAGCUGUGCUCAAUACGAAGGCAUUUUUGAGCUGAUGUGCGAGCUUUUGUCCUGGCCACAGCUAGCAAAGGAGUUCUGCAGCCAAGACGAUGGGGGUGUUCGUUCACUGUACAAAACAUUGCUGGAGAACUUUCCUCUGCGGUUCAAGAAUUUGGCGCAUUUAGCCCAGGCGCUAACCAAAGCCGGCCAAGGCAAUUAUAUAAAAGACCAACUCCAAAAUCUUCCAAUACUCGCACUUUUGUACGACGAAAGGGAGCACAAAUUAAACGAGUUGGGUCCAGAUGAAUACGAACUGACUGCGCCAGUACGGCCAUUUCCGCACAUCGACUUCACAAUGCCCGCUGGCACCGACGGUAUAGUCAUUAAACAUGCCGCUGGCUGUUACGUGCAUUUUCGCACAAGCGUCAAUUUCUUCAAUGCCCUCCAUUAUGAGAUCAACUGCCUACUGUGCGAAACGGCUGAGCUACAUGGCGAAUAUGAGUCAAACGAACGCAUACAGAACGUCGAGGCGGGACUAAAAUAUCUGGAGGUUGUUCUACAGCGCACUAAAUCCAUUGACUGUAUUAGCAGUGAAAUGGUGCAUCCCACCGAAAUGUGCAUUGAUUUGCUUAAUAAGUUCAAGAGCGUACAAUAUCCACCGACUGGCCUUAUCUCUAUAUGUCUAAACGUGUGCUCGGCGCUGCUUCCACUCGUUGAUGAGGAAAUUUUCAUGCGCAUCAGCAAUCUUGACAUAUUGCCUACCUUCAGCAAUGGAUCCUUGCAAAACUACAAGCAGUAUGCCACUUCUCUGUGCUUCGAGUCGCGCUUCCUUGGUUCUGUUAUUGAUAACGUGGAAAAGAAGCAGGAACGCUAUGACUUUCUCCUUUCGUAUCUUGGCUUUCUGCGUACCUACACGAAGCUGAAACGGAAUCGUUAUAUGCAGGUUGAAAUUCCUGGAUUGAUCUUUCUGCUGCGUGACGUCUUCCCUCAUUUGCACACCUGGCACUUCAAGUCGAAGUUUGAAAAGAACAAGAUCUACUUUGAGGUAUUGAGCUUCAUUUGCGAUAUUCUAGACAUCAUAGGCACGAGCCAUUCAGAUAACAGUGCAACGUCUACACAUCGCGAGCAGCAGGAACUGUUACGCAACAUAUGUGUUUAUUCACUACUUAAUUUGGAGAACGGACUGAUCUUAUUGCGAUUCGUGGGCGUAGGCAAUGCUUUUGUUCAAUACUCUAUGGAACUGGAGACCAAUUGGAUGCAACACCAGCCGCAUGGUCUAAUGAUGCUGGUACGCCUCUCCAUGCGCAUACUGAUGCAGCUUCUUAGACUGAAACGUCAUGUUUAUGGCGACAACACACUUUCGCCAAUGGAAGCACUUAUUUACACGCAGCCCAAACAGCGCGACUCGCUGCGUAUCAUUCCGAUCGUGUGCAGUUACAUGAGUAACAUAUUCGAUCGAUGGCUACCAAUCCUCUCGUGCCGUUUGCUCAAGCGGAUUGCAACGGAAUUCAACAUGUCUUUGUUAGCCUGCCUGGAUAUGGAGGCAGAUCAAAUUAGGCUAACAUUCAUGCAAAAGCUUCCCGAUGAACUGGAGAGCGAUUCAAUAAAGAUUGCUAUACUGGAGCUGGUAGAUGCCUGUAUUGCCAAGCAACCUGGAGUUACGGAGGCCUUCUUCAAGGUGAACUACGUCCACGACAAGCGGUCUUUCUUCGGCAAGGAGUGCACGCCUAAUAUUGGUGAUAGUAUUGUGACCUACAUGCAGGAGUUCCUGGAUGCGCUCAAAGCAGAGCCACUUACCAUACAACAGUUGCUGCCCUGCAAGAUCAUGAGCAUCUUUCAUUCGCUUUGGAAGCACAACUUACAGAUGCUUGUAAAAAAGUUGCUGGAGCAACCAGACUUUUGGCCGAAACUUUGCACGCCACUUUUCAGUGAACUGCAGCCCAACAUGCGAGUCUACACGCAGCUUUUGAACAUUGUCUCCAUUGAGGUCUACUGCACGGGGAAAAGAGAGAAGGUACCUCUACAAAAAGUUAUGCAGAAGUGGUUCGAACGUGAGUACUUCGAGAAGUGGCUGGACUAUGUCUUCGACCUGCCCCAAGAGCCCAAGCGUGAAGGGAACGACAGAGAUGAAUUGCCCGACUGGAUAUGCCGUCUGCAAUCUUUCAAGGACCUAAUCGUCAUUCUGUUGAAGAAGCAGCCCAAAUUUAUAGAAAUACCCGAAGCUCAGUUCAAACUGCUAGCCCAGAAGUGUCUCACGGUGCUAGUUGCUCGCGCCAAUUAUCUGGAAGACAUGCGUCCAUUCAUAAUGCUGUCCGAGCUCUACAUUUUUAUAUUGCUCAACUACAAGCACUCGUAUACAAAAGAUGCAAAUGAAGAGAAUGAACUAAUGGAGCAGCUCUUACAGCUAAUGAGUCGCAUUUGCUCCUGCUACGAGGAUUUGCAUGUACGUUCUAAGGAGGCCUGCCUGGCCAUCAUCACCAAGUGCGCGCAACUUUAUACGAAUUUGCUCAUAUCGGACUCGUCUGUAUCCCUCCGUUUUCUCAAUUCGGUGGUCAGCAUUAUUUGCACCGAGCUACAGAGCAUGGAGAACUCAGUCAAUCUCGACCAACAACAGCAAGGACAGUCGCCGAAGCAGAAGAAUAAUUUGGACUGCAAUGUGUCCACCAACUCCUUAAUCUUAUGCCUAAAUUUAUUGAAAGCAGUUGCCACAAUUUUCCAAAACGAUGGUCCAGCCAACUGGGACCUGCCGUUUGUGUCUGUGCGUCUGUUUCAGCGACUGUUACGCUGCAUUUCGUACACGCUCCAACUGCACAGCAAACAAGCUCUAACCAUCCAGCUAUUGGAUGUACUUAUUGUGUUUGCCAAGAGCCACUGCUCGGCCGAGUUCUUGCACUGUGAUGUGGGCGAUAAUUUGUGGCUCAAUUUGUUGCCACCGCGUGAACUGCUACAGUCCCAAUACGAGUUUAGUAAACCAAAUGAAGAUAUAUGGACCGUGGAGAAGUGGUGGCCCAUUUAUGCACGUGGCAUUGAGUUGGUCACCAUCAUCUUUAAUAAGCACAAGAAAUGCUUUUUGCAAGAGGUCUUGCAAUUCGUAGGCAUCCAUGAAGUGUAUUUAAUAGACUCGCUGCUGCUUGGCAAGCAAUCUUUAGAACCGGAUGCAAUGCAACUUAUCAAGGCGGCCAUUUCGCUGGUUACCAGCCUUACGAAGUAUGACAAGGAGUGGCGCGAAGAUCACGCGUCAUCUCUGCAAAACAUAAUGCGCGCUGUGCAAGGUCUGCUCUGCCAUGCGAUGUCCAUGUUCCAUCAACAGCGCCACUUGAAAAGUCUAAUGGCGCGACGUCGUUCUCAGCUUGAAAUACUGCGUAGCACCGAAACGAUUAUUGUUGACGACGACAUCAUUGCGGCCUGUAAUAACCUUACAGAAGUCAUCAUCUGCUGCGUGAAGGCAUUGCAAACGUUCAGUCCAGAUCUAUUGGACCUCGUGUGCUCGGGUGUUUACGAGCCCUACAAAUGGGAGCCCGUGCUGGAUGUGAUGUUCGGAGCACCAAAACUAAGUGAGGACAAUGUAUCGCUCACACUUAAUAUGGUUUUGAAUAUGGUGGUCAUUUAUGUGAAGGCGCUUAAUAUGCAAAAUCAUGGAUUCAACGAGGUGCCUUUGAAUACGCUGCCUGCGAUAGAGACCACCGACUUGACUGACAACACAGGCGGUCCACAGGUCCACAAAGCAUCCUAUGGCCGACAUAGUUGCUCAAAGACGUUGACAAGCAGCUCGAUUUCAACGAUCACCUGCCCUUCUAACGAACUUCUUUCCAACUUGGACGGACCACUGUGCCUCGUCGCUUUGGAGCAUCUACUGAUGCUAGUGGCCUCCCAAAGUAUCUAUAUGGUGCGGUCGCCAGAUCUUGACCCACGCUGGAAACAAAUUGUGCGUCGCGACAUCUGUAGCGAGCUGCUAAGCUUUCACGAAUUCGUAAAGCGGAAGGUGAUUGUCGACUACAGGGACACGCGCUGUCCUUGGGUUCGGCGAAAGCAUGGGCUCCGGAAACUAAAGCCUUUGGACCCGGCACGCGGCGUCCCCACACUUACGACACGGCCGACCAGCGAAGUUUGUCGAAGCAGCAGCACAGCAAACGAACUGCGUGUGAAUGUGGUGCGGCGUCUUCAUCUGCAGCAGCAGCAUCAGCGCAGUUCGCAGAACUUUGAGAUGACCCAUGUGCUGAGUCCAAUUGGCGCGCCUCAAAGCCAGGCAACAGGAUCAGCAGCAGCGAUCUCUUCAACGCCGAAUCUGUCCCGACCUCCUAUACAACAUAUCGCAGAUGAAUCUGCUGACAGAGCGUCGUCUGCGGAUGGGCCAUCAACUUCACGCACGCUAAGCCUGGCACGCCCUGCUGGUAGUGUGAUCUAUGAGGAGACGCCACGCGCCCAAUCUGGAGCAACAGCACGUACGCUCAGUUUUCAGGAGCCUCCGCCCAGCACAUCACAGUUGCCCAUCGAGCAGGCGUCAGAUCAGCCGGAACGAAAACGCUUGUAUAUUGAGCAGCAGGAAGGUGAUGGAACUGGCGAGAUAAUCACUGAUAUACAGUACUACGAGCCUCCCACGGAGCCAGGCUUCUGCGAAUUAUCGCAAGUACAGCUGGUUGAGGAGGAUUAUCUUCAGCUCAUGUCCGCGCUCUUUACUGUAAUACCACAGAACGAAUGAGCACUCUACACUUUUGUGAUUUUCAAUAUCCACAACUCGAAAAUCAUUAUUAAUACACCCCGCACAGACAAAACUAAUAAUUAUUGUUAAACCUGUAAUAAAAACUCAUUCUUUUAUACAAAUCCGAAA